UGAGACACUCCAGUUGGGGCGACAUGUGGCUGCAGGGAAAGGAUCGUCACAAAGGAUAGUCAAAACCCUUUUUCUUCGCAUACAACAAUAACGCUUAGCUGCUAUAUAGUGAGAUUUUGAGAAAGUUGUACGGACAAAUUGGACAAUAAGAUCACCACAGAGAGCUUAAUUUCAUCUUCACCUUAAGGUACGUUCCGGACAAUAGCUUUCAAUUUGUUCAGUUUUAUAAAAAAGUUUUAAAUUUUAAGAUCAUUUCUCGAAUCUGAACACUGGCUUGUUUAACGAUUCAUAUUUUUUCUUUGGAUCGGAACAAUACCAGUUUGAAUCCAAAAUUUGCUUGUUUUGUUCAUCUAUCAGCUAUAAUUGUUGUGAAUUUCUAGAAUUCAAUGGGUUUAGGGUUUUAGUUGUAAAUGCGCAGUCCAUUUAAGUAAUUUAAAUUUGGGUUUUUGCUUCGACGAACGAUGUAUUUGAAAGAGGGAUGUUCAUUGUUGUUAAAAGUUCACAAACCUUCUAUACCUUUUGUCCUCAAUACAAUCCCAAUUCUAAAUUCCAGUCCACAAAAUGAACCAAAUUUAACCCAUCUUGAAGAGUUCCAAGUUCUAAAGAGGUUGAAGCACGAAAAGGACAUCAAUUUGGCAUUAGAAUAUUUCAAAUCCAUAGCGAAUUCAAAAAAAUUCAAACACACCCAUCUCACCUAUCAAUUGAUGAUAAAAAAACUUGGGCAAGAAUGUGAGAUGGAUGGUGUUCAGUACCUUCUGCAGCAAAUGAAGCUGGAAGGCAUUAGUUGCUCCGAGGACUUGUUCAUUAUCAUUAUUAAUUCUUAUGGGCGAGCUGGGGCUGCCGAGCAAGCACUGAAAGCGUUUUAUCGGAUGCAAGAUUUUGGGUGUAAACCCACAGUUAAGACUUACAAUCAUCUCUUGGAUGGGUUGCUUAAUGAGAAUAGGUUUCAUAUGAUAAAUCCUAUUUAUAGUAACAUGAAAAAAGAUGGGAUUGAGCCGAACGUGUAUACUUAUAAUAUCCUGUUGAAGGCAUUGUGUAAGAAUAAUAGGGUGGAUGGGGCUCACAAGUUGCUUGUAGAAAUGUCGAACAAGGGAUGCUGUCCUGAUGUUGUGAGCUAUACUACAGUAGUGUCAACUUUGUGUAAGCUAGGUAAGGUCAAAGAAGCUAAAGAGCUUGCCAUAAGGUUCACCCCCGUUGUGCCUGUUUAUAAUGCUUUGAUAAAUGGGGUGUGUAGAGGACACAAACUUGAUGAGGCGUUUCAGCUGUUAAAAGAGAUGGUGGAGAUGGGACUUGAACCUAAUGUCAUCACAUACACGACAAUCAUCAAUGGUCUUGCUGAUGUGGGGAGUGUUGAGCCAUCUCUUGCUGUUUUGGCGCAAAUGCUUGUGAGAGGUUGUAGUCCAAACAUUCACACCUUUGCUUCCUUGAUAAAGGGUUUUUUCUCAAAAGGAAGAUUAUAUGAAGCUCUUGACUUGUGGGACCGAAUGAUUAGAGAUGGAAUUUUGCCCAAUGUUGUUGCAUAUAAUACAUUGAUACGUGGUCUAUGCUCAAUUGGGAAUAUGGGCAGUGCUGUAUCUGUUUCUAUUCAAAUGGAAAGAAUUGGCUGCCCUCUGAAUGUGACGACAUAUGGUACAUUAAUUGAUGGCUUCGCAAAAGCUGGAGACUUGGUUGGUGCAACUGAUACAUGGAACAGGAUGAUAACCCAUGGUUGUCAUCCUAACAUUGUGGCAUAUACCUGCAUGAUGGAUGUCCUUUGUAGGAACUUAAUGUUUAACCAAGCCCAAUGUCUUAUAGAAAAUAUGCUGAUCGAAAAUUGUACACCGAAUACAAUUACAUUCAAUACAUUUAUCAAAGGUUUAUGUCACAGUGGAAGAGUAGAUUGGGCAAUAAAAAUAUUUGAUCAAAUGGAAAAGUAUGGGUGCUCACCUAACACAAUAACAUAUAAUGAGCUAUUGGAUUGUCUCUUCAAAGAGAACAACUUUGGAGAAGCGUUUGGGCUUGUUAAGGAGAUGGAAGAAAGGGGAGUUGAGUUUACUUUAGUGACUUAUAAUACAAUCAUUUAUGGCUUUCUUUGUGCCGGAAUGCCUGAGGAGGCCAUGAAGCUUGUGGGAAAAAUGUUGGUCAGGGGCUUUCUUCCUGAUACUAUAACAUUUAACAUGUUAAUUAAUGCCCAUUGUAAGCUUGGUAAGGUUGAAUCUGCCAUUCAAUUACUGGAUGACAUGAGCACAGUGGGCUCACCUCCAGACUCGGUUACUUAUACUAGUCUGAUAUUUGGGAUUUGUGAGUGGAUUGGUGUUGAAGAAGCCACUAUUUAUCUUAACAAGAUGUCAAAUGAAGGAAUCACCCCCAACGUUGGCAUGUGGAAUGUUUUGGUCCGAUCUUUGUUUAGCAAGAUAGAUUAUAUGGGGGCAAUGGACUUUCUGGAUAAUAGUAUCAUUGAUAGUAGAUAUGACACUGGAGUUUGAAUGAUUCUGCCUGAAGACCAAUGGUCUAGCAGAUGGGUACUCCUUAGCUGUCAACAUGGUGUAACAGAUACCUGUAUUCACUCAUGAAAUGUGGAUGAUAUCUCUUUGGUGGACCGAUGUGUUGUGUCCAAACAGUCCAAUGACCAUGCAUGAAUCUCACGCAUCGGAAAUGGAAAGGACAGCUUCAUCCAGUAUUCAGCUUCAUCCAGUAUUAUUUAUAUUGUCACUACAACUGCUUGAGCUCAUAAAGUAAACAUGAGCGGAUCGCUCAUCACGGUUUCCCUGUUUCCUGGUUAUGCAAUGGUUAAUCCAACACGUAUUCCUGAUCACAGUUGUUUUUGUGAUGGGGUUUGAGCUCAACCUGCAGUGCUUGCUAAAGGGGAUGGUUGCAGAACCAAAUUGAAGAGAAAAUGGCUUUAAAUGCGAGAAAUAUCCAUCUUUGGACGAAUAAUACUUCUCUUAAGAUGAGCAACCAUGAAAAAAUGGAUCUCAUUCCAUACAAAUACAUUCAGUAGCACCAUCUUCUCUAUAAAGCAACUUUAAUUUCUAUUAUGAUUACAACAAAAUUAAUAAGUGCCCAUAAAUUCCUUUCUAAGAA